AUAGUCAUAGUCCUAGUCUUCCAAUUCCGUGGCAGCGGCGACAGCCUCCUCGUUCGCCUGCCCCCGAAAUCCCAAAUCGCACGUCCCCAGUUGCUAGACCCGCGCGCCCGAUUAAUCCCAUCCUCCCGCGUUGACUCGGAGGCGUCCGGAUCCGGCGAUCGCCGCGCAAAAGCGAUUGCCUCAAACCCCGCGAUAAAUCGCCGCCCUCCGCCUCUGCCGUCCCCCAAACCCCGGAGCCGUUCCCGGAGUCACCGCGGUGCAGAAUCGGAGGUCUCCGAGAGGUGAGAGUUUCCAUGGCUUCUCCUUCCGGGCAGGCAUCAAAUGGCCGCCGCUCUCGGCGCUUGAUGGCUACAACGGAAGUUCCUUGCGACGCUCCCUUGGGUAGAUGGGUGCCAAUUAUUUCCUGCGAUGUUCUGGCUGCGCACGAAACUGCCAAAACUGCGACGCUUCAUGCGACUAAGCGGUUGGUAGUGCUGGGCUGCGCAAGUUCAGGGAACUCUUCGUGUGCUUUCAACCACAUUUUGAUGCGUCCUGGUGGUGCUGGAGCUGCCACGUUCUGGUUGUUGAGAGGACUUUGUUCUAAGUACAGUAGCGAGGAAGGCUUGCUGAGAUGUCUAAUCUCUCAGACCCCUCAAACGAAGAUGCUUCACCGGACGGUUCAAUUCCUAUCCAGAAAACUGGAGCCUGGAGUAACACAUUGAACACUCUUCUGCAGCAAGCCUCAGUUUAUGGUGUGGCUGCUGGCUAUUGUCUCUCGGCAUCUCUACUUUCCAUCAUCAACAAAUGGGCAAUCAUGAAAUUUCCAUAUCCUGGAGCCCUGACAGCUUUACAGUACUUCACUAGUGUUGCUGGAGUUCUCCUGUGUGGACAGCUAAAGCUUAUUGAGCAUGAUGGCCUUAAUUUGAGAACUAUGUGGAAGUUCUUACCUGCUGCUGUGAUGUUCUACAUCUCCAUCUUCACAAACAGUGAGCUCCUUCUGCAUGCCAAUGUGGACACGUUCAUCGUGUUUCGCUCUGCCGUGCCGAUAUUCGUCGCCAUUGGAGAGACAUUGUACCUUCACCAACCAUGGCCAUCAUUCAAGACAUGGCUUUCACUUUCCACUAUACUUGGUGGAAGUGUGAUUUAUGUUUUUACAGACAACCAAUUCACUGUGACUGCUUACACCUGGGCAGUGGCUUACCUAGCGAGCAUGUCCAUUGAUUUCGUGUACAUCAAGCACGUUGUCAUGACCAUUGGGCUGAACACAUGGGGCCUUGUGCUAUACAACAACCUUGAGGCUUUGAUGUUGUUCCCCCUUGAGCUCCUUAUAAUGGGAGAGUUUGAUCAGAUGAAGGUCGACAGCUCUAAAGUGUCAAACUGGCUUUCAUUCGAUGUGAUCCUUCCUGUUGCUCUCUCAUGCCUAUUUGGUCUAUCAAUCUCCUUCUUCGGGUUCUCCUGCAGACGGGCUAUCUCUGCUACCGGAUUCACAGUGCUCGGCAUAGUGAACAAGCUACUGACUGUCGUGAUCAAUCUGCUUAUCUGGGACAAGCAUGCCUCCCUUGUUGGUACAAUUGGGCUCCUGAUAUGCAUGUCAGGAGGUGUUCUCUACCAGCAAUCCACCACAAAACCAAAGGCGCCCAAGGUUGAACCGAAGGAAGAGAACGAUGAGGAGCGGCAAAAGUUGCUGCAGAUGCAGGAGGGGCAUGAGGGAAGUUCAACUCAGAAGUAAGCCUCAUAAACCUGACAAGGAAGUUCCUCCUCCUUUGCAACAGCUUCCCCUGAACAUUUGUGCGCUGGUUGAUGCUUGGGAAGAGAACAUUUGGCUGAAGGUUAUUCCUGGACUAGCUGCUGCGAAGUCUAGAAAUGCAUUAGACGCCAGAAAUCAUAGAGGAUACCAAAUUAUCGUUAUGCAAUUCUUUAUUAUUGUAUAACGUUUUUUCAUUUGUUAGACAAGACAAGAUUGUCUGGUAGGGUACCAGGGACUUCUCAGACAUACGCGCGUUGAAUGCCUCGUAUACGAAAGCAAGCAUGCUAUAUAUUUAUCGCUAAUAUGAUCUUGUGUUUAUUCA